AUGCCUGUGAUGAAAGGAUUACUUGCGCCUCAGAACACGUUUCUAGACACCAUAGCCACACGGUUUGACGGCACACACAGCAACUUCAUCCUGGCUAAUGCCCAGGUGUCCAAGGCCCAAGGCUUCCCCAUCGUCUACUGUUCUGAUGGCUUCUGUGAGCUCACAGGCUUCUCCCGCGCUGAGGUCAUGCAGAAGAGCUGUGCCUGUAAGUUCCUGUAUGGCCCAGAGAGCAGCGAGACCAUCAUCCUCAGCAUCGACGACGCCCUGGAUGAACGGAAGGACUUCAAGGAAGAAAUCAUGUUCUACAAAAAGGCUGCGUCAUUGUUCUGGUGCCUGCUGGAAAUUGUCCCCAUUAAGAAUGAGAAGGGAGACGUGGUGCUCUUCCUGGCUUCAUUUAAAGACAUCACAGACAACAAGGCCAAGGCCAUCCCAGAGGGCAAGAGAGAAGAGCGCCGACAAGGGCGUCUGAAAACUGGCUCUUCGUUCAGUUCGACUCGUCUGCGGAGCAGUACUGUACUCUACCACAUCUCUGGUCACCUCCACAGCAAAGACAACAAGAAGAGGAAGAAGAGCAAGAUCAAACUCAAUAAGAAUGUGUUUGGGGACCCCCCUGCUCUGCCGGAGUACAAGGUGGCGGACGCCAAGAAGUCCAAGUUUAUCUUGCUUCACUUCAGCACCUUCAAGGCGGGUUGGGAUUGGCUGAUCCUGCUGGCCACCUUCUACGUUGCCGUGACAGUGCCCUACAACGUCUGCUUCAUCGGAGACGAUGACCUCACCAGGAGCACUACAGUCAGCGACAUCGCUGUGGAGAUACUCUUUAUUAUAGACAUUGUGUUCAGUUUCCGUACCACGUACGUGAGUAAGUCUGGUCAGGUGAUUUUCAGUGCACGGUUGAUCUGCAUCCACUACAUGACCACGUGGUUCAUCAUUGACCUGGUCGCCGCGCUGCCCUUUGACCUCCUCUAUGCCUUCAAAGUCAGCGUGGUAUCAGUAGUCCACCUGUUGAAGACAGUGCGUCUGCUCCGGCUGCUGCGUCUGCUCCAGAAGAUGGACCGGUACUCCCAGCACAGCACUGUGGUUCUCACCCUGCUCAUGUCCAUGUUCGCCCUUCUGGCCCACUGGAUGGCCUGUAUCUGGUACGUCAUCGGCAAGAAGGAGAUGGAGGCCAACGCCUACUCCUGGGACAUCGGCUGGCUCCAUGAGUUGGGGAAGCGUCUAGAGUCUCCCUACGACCCCCUGGGGGAAGUGAACGGGACGGGGCUGAGCGGACCUUCUCUGAGGAGUGUCUACAUCGCUUCUCUCUACUUCACCCUGUCCAGUCUGACCAGCGUGGGCUUCGGCAACGUGUCGGCCAACACCGACGCUGAGAAGAUCUUCUCUAUCUGCACCAUGCUCAUCGGAGCGUUGAUGCACGCCCUGGUGUUUGGUAACGUGACGGCCAUUAUCCAGCGGAUGUACUCUCGCUGGUCCCAGUACCACACCCGCACCAAGGACCUGAAGGACUUCAUCCGAGUCCACCACCUGCCCCAGGGCCUCAAACAGCGCAUGCUGGAGUACUUCCAGACCACAUGGUCUGUCAACAACGGCAUCGACUCCAACGAGUUGUUGAAGGACUUCCCAGAUGAGCUGCGCUCUGACAUCACCAUGCACCUGAACAAGGAGAUAUUGGAGCUGUCGCUGUUUGCCUCGGCCAGCAGGGGGUGCCUGCGCUCCCUGUCCCUGCACAUCAAGACAACGUUCUGUGCCCCUGGGGAGUACCUGCUGCGCCAGGGGGACGCCCUGCAGGCCAUCUUCUUUGUCUGCUCUGGGUCCAUGGAGGUGCUGAAGGACGGCAUGGUGCUGGCUAUACUGGGUAAGGGUGACCUGAUCGGGGCCAACAUGUCUAUAGAUGACCGGGUGAUAAAGACCAAUGCAGAUGUGAAGGCCCUAACCUACUGUGACCUGCAGUGUAUCAACCUGAGUGGUCUGUAUGAGGUACUGGACCUCUACCCAGAGUACACCAGCCGCUUUGUCCAAGACAUCCAGCUGGACCUCACAUACAACCUGAGGGAGGGACACGAGUGCCAUGUCAUAUCCAGAUUGUCCACCAAACCAUUGGACACACAGACAGAGGGGAGAGGCAACGGACGAGUGAUCCAGUGCUAUCCAUCCAUCAUUGAGAACCAGGAGGAAGAGGAGGAGGAAGAUGAGUUGGCAUCUGUAUCUCCGGGAUUGGUGCGGAACAGCGUCCUGUACACCAGAGAGGUGUCUUCUGUGAAGUCUCCACCGGGUAGAGCCGGGAUGGCGAGAGAGUUGCACAGCGGCAGAGAAGUAACACACCAGAGCACUAGGAAACUGAGGAAGAAGAUCCAGAUCCGCCAGAAAGCUCUCACCACGCUAGACCCCUCCAACCUCAGCCCUAGGGUUGUGGACGGUACAGAGGAUACUGAAGUAAUGGUGCAGGGCAUCCUCAUGCAGUUCCAGCAGGACUUUUACAGGAUCAAAGAGAGAGCACAGCAGAUUAAGCUCUCCCUCUGUGACGACUCCCCAAUCCUGAGUGAGUCUGAUCACACCUCUUCAAACUGUCCUACAGACUAG